UUAAAGGUGAAUAGAACCGCAAACAUUAACAAUUAAUUCACAUUUUUAAUAAAAAAUUUUGAGAGCAAGAUGUUUGAAAGACAUUGUGUAUCGCUUUUAUUAGUGUUCAGUGCGUUCAGUUGCCUGACAGUUGUAAACGCUGCGGCUAUAUCGCACAUUGCCUUCAUGAAGGAUGCCAAUUUCAAACCAAAGUGUCCUUUAACUGUGCAAACAGAACCGUUACAAAAACCACUGGUAUUACUGCGUUUGUCACAAUCCUCAUUGGAUGCCACAAAUGCGGAAUUAGCGGAGAAAGAAGCGGACAUGGAUGUGAGCGAAGAAAAUGAUGACGAUAUUGAAUACGAGCAUAAUCGAAAUGGAUAUAGACUUGUGGAGCUCAACAAAGCGCAUUUGCAAAAGCUUAUUGACAGCGGCAAACUGCAGUUGGUCGAGAAGCCGGGCACAAGCUCAAACGCAGCAAUGAUACAGCUGCACAAUGAGGAUGCGAAUGAUUGGGUGGCUGACGAUGAACGCUCGAAAAAGCGUCCCUGGCGUAAAAUUCAACGCAUUAUACGUCGGCAACUGGUAAAGAAACCGAAGCGAUAUUUCAAAAAAAUUGCCCAUCAAAUUGGUUGAGAAAUCAAUUGCACAUUUUAAUAAACUUUGAAUGGCUUCCUAUAAGUUUUACAGAAAAUAAACGGAAUUUAACUUUGUAAACUUAUUUCAUUAUUUUUCCUCCUAUAAACUCGUUUGUUAUACCAAAGUUAUACAUUUUUAAAAGCAAAAAACAUUAUAGUAAGAAGAAAAGUAAAGUGGAACCCAUUGGUAACGAAAUAUAAAAUAACAUAAAUUAAAGGAAACAUAAUUUACGCGCGACCUGAUGUCAUGAAGAGGGAAAAGAUGAGCGUUAUUGAAUUUUUAAAUGUUAAAAAUUAUUUAACUCGAUUUCCUAUAUAUUGUGAGUCUCGUAGUC